GCUGAACAUUCAGAUCAAGUUUGAAACAUUCUACGUUCUGCAGUUCUUUGAUGUGAUUCUCUUUCAUUUUAUUUUACGUGCUUUACUUCUAUGAUGUAAAUUCUAAAAGAAAACAACAAAAUAAAAAAUGUCUAUGAAGAUAACCAAACAGAUAUUUGCUUCAUCAAAGACAGCAUGCUAUGUUAGUAUACUCUAUGUGGUGUUUGUUUGUUCCAAUGCUGAAACAGAAAAAGAAAGUAAUGAUAAUGGAUCCAAUUCCUGUCUACGAAUUUUGAAUGGUCCAAAUGUCAUGAAUUGGACCCAGUAUGCAUCAAUCGAAAAAUGCUGGGGAUUGCAGGAACAUUGUUACUUCAUCAUUACUGGAAAUACUAUAUCGGCGGGUUGUAUUACACGUUGGGAACACGUUGGGUGUGAGCGACAAAAGUAUAACGCGAUAACGUGUCAUUGCCGUGGUGACAAAUGCAAUGCUAAGUUUAAUUUAAACUCUACAAUGGGAUCUGAAAUACGCAAGACUUCGCACACCACACGUGUUCCAAGUGCGUCGGACGCAAGCGGUGUUACACACAAAAGCAAGCUGAUAUACAAUAUUAGUUACUCCAUACUAGGAACAUGUCUAAGCGUUACUGGUGUAUUAAUUGUAUACGCCAUUAUACAGAAAUCAAAAAAACAAACAGCACAUCCUCCAGAAGGUUCAGCACGUCUUAUUAUAUAACAGUUAGAAAAUAGUGUAUAGGUGUCAUAAUUUGUUAAAAAUAUAAAUAUUCUGUGUGUAUAUGAAACAGUAAAUGUUAUUUUUAUUAUGUUAUCAGAAAUGUUGUGAAUAUACUGUAAUGUUUUCUUCA